ACUGGCAUAGUCCCCAUUGUCUAUGGACCACCAAAGGAGGAGUAUGAAGUUCUAACCCCACCAAACUCCUUCAUUCACGUGGACGACUUUGCUACAGUGAAGGAGCUUGUUGGUUAUUUGGAGUACCUGGAUCAGAAUGACACCGCUUAUGCAACUUACUUCGCUUGGAAGGAAUACGGAAAAAUUCUGGGUAGUCCUUGUUCCCACAAUUUUCCUGUUUUAUUCUUCUCCUGCUAG